AUGGCGACUCAAGUGCCCGUUCCCGGGACUGUCCAGUUGGUCGAUAUUGAGGGCAUCUUCAAUGUCGAACAUGGCAAACAAUCUCGGGACAUUGUGCUCGUUCCGCAGCCUACCAACGACCCCGAUGAUCCUCUGCGCUGGACAGUCCCGCGCAAGACAAGAAACAUCAUUGUGGCUAUGAUAUGGUGUUUCUUUGUCGCCGCCAUGAUCUCUGGCUUGUCCCCUGCCUACCUUUUGAUCGAGGAGGACACGGGAAUUUCUGUUGCCGACCUGAGCACUGGAAACGGAAUCCUCUUCCUCUUGCUCGGUUGGGGUACCAUGAUAUCGCAAACCCUCGCUCUCCACUACGGCCGACGUCUUACACUCAUGAUCUCCAUCGUCACAUCGACCGCCGUGACCGUUUGGACUGCCUAUGUCAAGUCGAGAGGGGAAUUCUUCGCCAACCGCGUUAUCCUCGGCAUCGUUGCCUCCCCACAAGAAACCCUGAUCGAAGUCAUCAUUGGGGAUAUUUUCUUCGCUCACGACCGAGGCUUCUAUAUGGGUGCAUAUAGCUGGACACUUUGGUGUGGUGCAUUCUUGGCUCCUGUGGCAUCUGGUUAUGUUGCACAAGAACUUGGAUGGCGAUGGAUUCAAUAUAUACUAGCCUUCAUCGGCGCUGGCGUUACGGUCAUGACUUUCUUCCUUUUCGAGGAAACUAUGUUCUAUCGUGACCAUAGCAUUGAAGGGCUUCCCGAUCCUACUACUGUGAGCUCGGUUAAUGUCAAGGAUGCCCCAGGAGCGACGGAAGGAGAUUCCACAGUCGUUUCCGAAAAGACAAAUGGCGAGACGACCACGGACAAAGGUCAAGACUCUAUUUCACAGUCUAUUGAUGCCCCGGCCAUGGAAAGCACCAAGACCUACCUCGAAAAGCUCAAGCUAUGGGGCUAUCAUGACCCACGACAGCCUAGUGCAUUCAAGGUCUUCUUCCUACCAAUCCGCCUCCUAUUCAUGUUCCCAGGUAUGGGCUUCGGCGGCUUGCUUGUCGGUGGUAUUCUAGCCUGGUACAAUGUUGUCGGUGGUUCGUUGGCCUUGAUCCUUGGCAACCCGCCGUACAACUUUAGUGCUAAUAAUAUCGGCUUGACCUACCUCGCCUCGGUCGUCGGGGUCACUAUUGGGUGCUUCCUUUCCGGUUGGGCGUCAGAUUCCCUUGCGCUUCGUAUCGCCCGCAGAAACAACGGAGUGAUGGAGCCUGAGCAGCGACUAUGGACAUGCCUUGUGGCUCUGGUUAUGCACCCAGCUGGCUGUCUCCUGUAUGGAGUGGGAGCAUCGUAUCACAUCCAUUGGUUCGGGGUGGUGUUUGGCCUUGGUCUCAUUUCCAUCACUCUUCCCAUGGGCUCCAACCUUGCAUUCACAUAUAUUCUCGACAGCUACAAGGAAGUUGCGGGAGAGGGUCUGGUUUCAGCCAUUCUAAUUCGCAACAUGAUGGGUUUUGCUUUUGGGUAUGCCGUCGUGCCAAUGAUUGAAAGUCUUAGCCUUCGAUAUGCAUUUGUCUUGAUCGCCAUCCUGGGUUUGGCGGUUUGGUGCACUGCGAUUGUGAUGAUAUAUGUCGGCAAACCCCUGAGGCGCUCCACCGCACCUUCAUAUUGGAGACUCGUUGAAAAGUAUGGUGCAACUGCCCAUUGA